CAUUGAAGGUCACUCCAAACACCAAAAAUAAAAUAAAAUGUCUACUACUACUCCUCAUGUGCUGCUAUUUCCUAUACCAAUGCAAGGCCCUGUGAAUUGUACACUAAAACUAGCAGAAUUGCUUUGUAUCUCAAACAUCUCCGUAACUGUCCUAAACACCGAGCACAUACAACGCAAUCUCCUCCUUCACACCAACGUCGUGUCAAGGUUCAGUCGUUACACUAACUUCCGUUUCGAGGCUAUCUCGGACGGGCUUCCUGAAGACCACCCUCGUUCAGCUGAACGGUUUAUGGAAAUGUUUGAAGGCAUGAAAAAUGUGACCGUACCAGCUUUUAGAGACAUGAUGGUUUCUGGAUGUUUUAGUUCUAAGUCCGAGUGUCCGGUCACAGUCAUAAUACCGGAUGCAUCGUUCUCGUUUGCCCUUGAUGUUGCCGAAGAGAUUGGGAUUCCUUUGAUAUAUUUUGAAACUGUGAGUCCGUGUGCACUUUGGACUUAUUUGUGCCUUCCUAAGCUGAUUGAAGCUGGGGAAGUUCCUUUCAACGGUGAUGACUUGGAUGUCCCAGUAAAGAAUGUUCCAGGCACAGAAGCGUUUCUAAGGCGUCGUGAUCUUCCAGACUUUUAUCGUCGUGAUAACCUUACUAAUCAUACCAUGCAAAUCAUAAUGAAGGAAGCUCAAUAUGUACCUAGAGCUCAUGGUGUCAUUAUCAACACCUUUGAAGAACUGGAUGCAUCCAUACUUGUUCACUUGCGCAACGUUUGUCCAAACACUUACUGCAUAGGCCCGUUACAUACUUUGUUCAAGUCUCGUCUCUCUAUCGAACCUAAACUAGAAAUUCAAGAUCCUCAAUCCAUUGUCUCAAAUAGUCUAUGGGAAGAAAACAGAACUUGUCUCUCCUGGCUUGACAAGCAACCCCCAAAAUCAGUCAUUUAUGUUAGUGUUGGAAGCUUGGCCAUGAUGACUGUGGAUCAGUUCUUUGAAAUUUGGCAUGGUUUAGUGAACAGUGGAAAGCCUUUCCUGAUGGUUAAACGGCCUGGUUCCAUCAUUGGUGAUUACGAUGAUAAUCAAGUUCCAAAAGUUCUCAUGGAUGAAACUAAGAAGAGAGGAUUUUUUGCUGAAUGGGUUCCACAAGAGGAAGUCCUAGCCCAUUCUGCAAUUGUUGGGUUCUUCACUCACAGUGGAUGGAACUCGACGUUGGAGAGCAUAGUAGAGAAAGUACCAAUGAUCUGUUUGCCAUUUUAUGUGGAUCAACAAGUAAACAGUCGGUUUGUGAGUGAGAUAUGGAAGAUUGGAAUCGACAUAAAGGACACAAACGAUAGAGUUAUAAUUGAAAAGGCAGUAAACAAUCUUAUUAACCUAAAGAGAAAUGACUUUAUCAAGUCAUUAAACGCAUUGGCAAAGUCAGCAGCUGAAAGUAUUACAAAAGAUGGAUCUUCAUUCAUGGAUUUGAACCGGCUCAUCAACGACAUCAAAUCAAUAAGCUGAACAACACGUAUAGUGUCAUAAUCUAAGUUGGGGUCAUUGUGUGUGUUUGUGUGGGUGGUCAAAAUUGUAUUGAAACAGUAUUAGUUUAAGGAAAACCAAACUGAAAGUCAUUGUCAAAGAAAGAUUUUAGUGAUUGGAGAAAAAGUCUACCAUGUGGUCCAUGUCCAAGUAUCAAAACUUGUAAUUCAAUUUGUGUAU